UGCAUGGAAAGAGCUCAGAGAUUAUGGGGUUUGUCUGCACUGCCAACAACAGGAAUCGCUCACUGUUCGUAACUUGCCAAAAAGGAAGGGUUAUUCCUUUUUCUAUUUUUUGUAAAGUUGCAACUUUUGAAGCCAUCACAGAUUGGACUUUGUUGCAAAACAUUCUGUGGAUAACCCGUUUUUUUCCCCAUCUGCUUGUACGGGACAGGUAGAACAAAGUGUGGGGGGAAUUACAGCUGUGUGAGUUUGCUGAGUAAAGGAGCCAGAGGAUGCAGGUGCCAGCAAGGCUUUGCUUUACCUUCUUUGAAGUUUUUUUCCCAUGUCAAAGGUGACGGAUUAUGCCUGGCAUAGGAAGUUAGUUCUCCAAUGAACGACUUCAUGAGCUGAAUCUCAACAACUUCCUGGCAGAAUGUGAACAUUUGCCCAUGCUAUGCGCUUGUAUUAGUGUGUGAAAAAGUGAUGCAUGUGUGAAUUUGUUUGAGUGAAGUGCCAUGCUAUUCUUCAGCAGUGGGCCAGUGGAUGCUACCCCAAGGAGUAUAGCCAUUGACCAGCUGCAGCAGCAGGGAGAAACAGCGUAUCACAUCUCUGUAAUCCUGAAGGAAACACAGGGAGAUGUACCGGUGUCCAUGCUGGGAAUGGGCCAGAUCACCCGCACCCUGGUGGAGAGUUGCCAGCCAGGAGCAGAGGUAAUGAGUUUAAUGCCAAUGGAGAGCAGCCCCAGGCUGGGCAGGGCACAACAGGAGCUCAACAAGUGGCCAUCCCUGAGCCGUACAGGUAGACCUGGGAGGCCAAGAGAAGAGGUUGUUGUGGAGGAGAAUGAGGAGGAGUUGGAGGAGGUGGAGGGAAAAAUGAGGACCGACAGGUUUUCAAAACAACUCGCCAAGAACUUGGGGAACUCCUCACAUCAAGGAAGAGAUGUGGUAGCGAUAACUGCUCCGACAGGCACCCAUGAGCAACGCAAUCAGAGCUCAGCAUCACACUCUGUCACUGUUCAUGCCAGAGGGCUUGUGUUUGGAGAACAUGGCGCCAUCUCGGGACACAGCACUCUACCGCGGGCUGUGUUGCGAAGACCACAUCAAGAUGUUGCCUCACUCAGGAGGAGAACGGUGAGCAUGUAUGGCGACCCAGUCGAGCAGCAAAACGUUUCUCAACCUGAGCAAGAGAGACUGCUACGGAGGCCUAGAAGUGUUUGCAUCCUGGCAGGCCCAGGCCCAGUCCUGACGGCACCCCAGACCCUAAAACCCCUCAGGAGGGCCGGGGUAUUAGAAAACAACUCAUACAGGAGCAGGAAGGCUGAACUGAGGGCAGUUGAUGGGCUCAAUCCUGUUGUGGCUCAGCGGCCUUUGGUCUCUGCUGACGUGACCCCCAGGGUCCGUCAGAAGAGCUGGAAGCCCAGGCCUGUCAGCAUGACGGUGCUGGAGCUAAGAAAGAGGGGCUCUGACGAUGAGAUUGACAGCCAGAGGAGUAGCAGCCACACAGGGAGUGAUGGAAGCUUUCUCAAAGGGAGCUUCCGUUGGAGGUUAUUUGGUAAAUCACCACAAGAUAAGAGCAAAGAGAAGGACAGUGACAAAGAUAAUAAAUCUUCUUCCAAAUUCAGCAGAACUGAUUCUCCAAAGAGUACACUUAGCAGUUUGCGAAGGAGCCUCAGUCUGAGAAUCAGGAGGAAUCGGCCCCGGGACAAGGUUACUUUAGGGUCUGAGGGGGAAAAAAAGGAGGGCUCUCGGACUAAAAAUACUGUUGAGGAGACAACAAUGCCUCCACAGCCUUUCUCCUACCUCACAGGGAGAAUGCUUCCAAAUUCUCAUGAGCAAAUAGAGGAUGGGGGCAUGCAAUACAUUCAUUACCACAGGAGAGGGAAGGUCAAGGUAAUGGAGGUACCUCUCUGUCCAACAAAACUGUCCUCCAAACCAGUUCUGGAAGAACCAAGCAUAUGGCAGCUCAUAGCAAAUCGUUUUAGGAGGAAGGAACAGCAACACAUUGGCAAAUGUGAGCCCCAGCAGUCACAGAGCAAAAACACUAGCCAGUAUCCCUUGGCUGGUAAUAAUAAGUCACAGCUCAUCACCAUAGAGACUCUGGUAGACACUGACUCCCACAAAGGUCAAGACUCUUUCGUCAACAGUCAGGAAUGGACAUUGAGUCGGUCAGUGCCGGAGCUGAAAGUGGGCAUUGUGGGAAACCUGUCCAGCGGGAAGUCGGCCUUGGUGCAUCGGUACUUGACAGGCACAUAUGUGCAGGAGGAGUCUCCUGAAGGGGGACGGUUCAAGAAGGAAAUAGUCGUGGAUGGACAGAGCUACCUUCUCCUCAUCAGAGAUGAAGGCGGGCCUCCGGAAUUACAGUUUGCUGCCUGGGUGGAUGCAGUGGUUUUUGUCUUCAGCCUGGAGGAUGAGAUCAGCUUCCAGACGGUCUACAAUUACUUUCUGCGCCUCUCCAGCUACAGGAACACAGCUGAGGUCCCCAUGGUCCUCGUUGGAACACAAGAUGCAAUCAGCGCUGCCAACCCCAGAGUGAUCGACGACUCACGGGCCAGAAAGUUGUCAAACGACCUGAAGCGCUGCACGUACUAUGAGACCUGCUCCACCUACGGCCUGAACGUGGAGAGAGUCUUCCAGGAUGUUGCCCAGAAGGUCGUGGCCAUGAGGAAAAAGCAGCAGCUGUCUAUUGGACCAUGCAAAUCUCUCCCUAACUCACCCAGCCAUUCAUCCGUCCCUGCUGCGUCUAUUCCUUCUGUUCACAUUAACCAGGCGGCCAACGGUGGGGGUGCAUUCAGCGACUACUCCUCCUCCGUUCCCUCCACCCCCAGCAUAAGUCAGCGGGAGAUGCGCAUUGAGACCAUAGCUGCCUCCAACACACCCACGCCCAUCCGCAAGCAGUCAAAGCGCCGUUCCAACAUUUUCACAUCACGGAAAGCCAGUGAACAAGCAAAGAGCGUUGACAGUAAAACAGACAGCAUAGGCAGUGGAAGGGCCAUACCUAUCAAACAGGGAAUCCUUCUGAAGCGAAGUGGCAAAUCCCUCAACAAGGAGUGGAAAAAGAAAUAUGUCACACUGUGUGAUAAUGGCGUCCUCACUUACCACCCCAGUUUACAUGACUACAUGCAGAAUGUGCACGGGAAAGAGAUCGACCUGCUGAGGACCACAGUCAAGGUUCCCGGGAAGCGACCACCGAGAGCGGUGGCCACCGUCGCACCCACGGCGAGUCCCAAAACCAACGGGCUGACCAAGGACCGCAGCACCUUGCAGCUGGGCAUAGGAAACACAGGUGCUCCUCACUCCAACAGCAGUACAUCCCUCCAGACGGGCGGGUCGAUAUUCGGUGGCAGUAAAGACGGCAUGCAUCAACGCUCCUUCUCCGUGUCCAGCGCCGACCAGUGGAAUGAAGCCAUCAACACGAGUACAAGCAGCGGAGCCCCCAAUGGCAUGAGCGAUCCAGCGAACUCCAGUGUCGGCAGCGCAACGAGUCCUAAACUUGAGCCGCCUCCUUCUCCUCAUGCCAACCGCAAGAAACACAGACGGAAAAAGAGCACAGGCAUCACAAAGCCAGAUGGCUUAUCUGCAGGCAAUGAAGAGCAAGAGGAUUCCUUUGAGUUCGUCAUUGUGUCGUUGACGGGUCAGACGUGGAACUUUGAAGCAUCCACGUUUGAGGAGAGGGAGCUGUGGGUCCAAGCAGUCGAGAGCCAGAUCUUUGCCAGCCUGCAGUCUUGUGAGAGCAUCAAAAACAAGUCUCGGUUAGGCAGCCAAAGUGAUGCGAUGGCCAUUCAGUCCAUACGGAACGUGAGGGGCAACAGCUUCUGUGUGGACUGUGAUGCACCCAACCCAGACUGGGCCAGUUUGAACCUGGGAGCCCUGAUGUGCAUCGAGUGCUCAGGCAUCCACAGGAACCUGGGUACCCACCUGUCACGUGUCCGCUCCCUGGACCUGGAUGACUGGCCGGUGGAGCUCAGCAUGGUGAUGACUGCCAUUGGAAACGCAAUGGCCAACAGCGUGUGGGAGGGCGCUUUGGAGAACUACAACAAGCCAGGGAGCGACAGCACCAGGGAGGAGAAGGAGCGCUGGAUCCGAGCCAAGUACGAGCAGAAGCUGUUCCUCGUAGGGCUGCCCCAGUCUGACGUGCCCCUGGGGCAGCAGCUGCUUCGGGCGGUGGUGGAGGACGACCUGAGGUUGGUGGUGUUGCUGUUGGCCCACGGCACCAAGGAGGAGGUUAAUGAGACCUACGGGGACGGAGACGGACGCACCGCUCUGCACCUAUCCUGUGCCAUGGCCAAUGUGGUCAUCACGCAGCUGCUCAUCUGGUACGGUGUGGAUGUGAAGAGUCGCGACGCUCGUGGCCAAACGACGCUGUCCUACGCGCGGCGAGCCGGCAGCCAGGAGUGUGCCGACAUCUUACUCCAGCACGGCUGUCCCAACGACACGAGCACGCUGACCUCGGUGCCCACGCCCAACAUGAGCCGCCGCAACCCCAACAUCAACAACAACAACGCCCAGUGUGAGCUCAACCGCAGCAUAAGCAUCAUGUAGGACACUGAAAAAGGAAAGAAAAUCCUGCACCCACCUCUUAUCUCUUCCCUGUACUUCCUCCUGUUUCACACUGUGUAACCCAGCAUAGGCAGCAGUGGAGAGACGAGGGAUGGACCGUUGUUAAUAUUCCACUAUGCUGAAAAUAAGUGGGGUCUGUGAGGUUUCGGACAUUGUAAAUUGUUUGUUUUAUAUUAUUGUUUUUUUUUUUAAUUGUUUUGUUAAAACUCAUUCAAUCUUGAUCGGGAAAGAUCAUGAUCAGCUUUAAGCUUUGUGUUUCUUAAGCGUCAACCAAACAAAUGACAUACUUAGGCAUUCAUACCUACGCUACGAAAAGCAUUUCCUUAAUGCUUGAACAUUUCCUUUUAUGUCUCGCCACCCCCCCCCCCCCCCCCCCCCGCCACCCCCCCGCAACGUGAGCUGAUUUCAUAAUGAGCGUGAAUGAGAAACUUCCUCGAAAUUUUCAAUCCUCGGCAUAAUAACGUGAAACUGUGACGAAUCGUUGCAGAAGUGACAAAACACUGAUGUGGGGGGGAAAAAAGACACUAAAUCUACCAUAAUAUCAAUGGCUGUUCGAGCUUUUAGUAAAUGAUGCAUGUCGUCGACACAGCCAUCAAACUCUUGACAUACUAUUCAUAUACAAAGGCAAAGCAAUAAUAGCUGAAGAGUCCAAAUGAUUCUGAUAUUUAAUUCAAAGGAAAGGGAGCUUGGUUCGUCGUAAAGAUGUUGAUUGUAGAAUCCCUGUGCAGAGAAAGUGAGUCCUUUCCUUAGCCACCCUUAUCAUGAUCCUCCAGUAAAAAUGUACACGACUAUAAAGGAAUUAAGGGGCAUAAUAUUUUACGACCAUUGAGCCACGCGGCUUUGUGAGCGUGGCUCUUCAAUCAGAAUUCAUUCAAAUUCAAGGGUUUGAUUGAAACAGUGAAAUUGCACCAUUAUCAUGUCUUUGUUGGAGUGAUUCUUCCAUUGACUAGAUUGUGUUGACAUUGUUCCACGUAGAUUUGUGCAAUUUGGAAUAUCCAUUCACCAUCUCCUGUGGCCAAAGGCUGUAAAAAUGUUAACCCGGAGUGCAUUUCCUCUGAUAUUGCUGUGAAAUCCAUACAAAGGUACUACGUGUGUGUGUGUGUGUGUGCAACACCUGUGUGCUUUACGUCUUCGUCUGUGUGUGCAGCAGAGAGCGACCGGAUAUUUCUGUUAAUAAACGUUGGGAGGAAGGACACUGUGGAGCAAAGAUGCUACAGUGAAGAUCUGGGAACAGAACUGUGUUUUAAUGUACAGUAAAAAAAAAAAGUAAAAAAAAAAAAAAAAGAGUGGAAAAAAAAGUAGUUCUUGUUCCAUUACCUUUUUCCUUACGAGAACAGUUUUAAUUUACACUAGACUGUUAGAGUUAAUAUGAAAAAUGCCCUUCGUCUGUGACUUAACCCUAUAAAUCCGUCCUUAUCCAGUAACAGUCGGCCUAAAAGCAGGGAGUCAACAAAAGGCAUUCAAGUGACUGAAGCUGGAGAGGGAGAAUAAUAAAGGUAAUUAGUUGGAUUCUCUUUGCGUCGUUCUAAAUAUUCCACAGACAUCAUAACCUCAUCGAUUGUGCAGUGACUUCAGCGGUCACAUUCAGCCGCUAUUUUAAAAGAUUUGAAGCUGUCUUGAUUUUAUGGGUUUACAAAUGCCGGAUGUGUGUUUACAGAGCAAGUUAUGAACUUGGUACCUUACAUUUAAUUUUGUCGUCGCUUUACGAUGUUUUUUGUUGUUCACAGACUAGGAGGAUAGUGAGUAGGUGCUUCAUAGUACGGACAUCUGUGCAUUUAUGAACAAUUAAAAAGUAAAAGUUUGACACUUUGUGAGAUCAUGUUUAUUUGCUUAUUUUCUGAAGAGUUGGGUCAGAGGGCGAACGGUCCUCUCGCGUCCGCAUUCUGCUUUACGUAUGGAGACGAAUGGCUUAGUCGAGCCAUUUUUAACGCUUUUUCAUGACUUAUUAUUGUGUAUGCUUUCAGACAAAGAUACAUUAGCUUCAAACAAGGUGUUUCAUUAUGUUUCUGCUGCCUACGCUGAGACGCCGUCCUCCUGACUCCUCACAGAAGAGAAGCAAAUAAACAUCAUUUACUGACGUGUCAAAAAAUAUUAAAACAUCACACGCAAACAACCACCAAUUCAACCAGGUACCUGUACUCUACUGUCGUACUGGCCUUUACUUGACCAACUUAUUUUAAGUCCACAGAUUAUUAAAAGAAGAUUAAUGUGUACAGUGAACUGAACCUUUAUUUACAAACAGUACUGUAGACGCUGAAAAAAAAAAAACCCUCUUAAAACUGCCCGUUUUUCCCCCCCAAAACUCACCAUGACGUGUACAUAUUAGCUUAACGCCUUUUAUCUUAAAGACAAGCUCAAGUUAGAGAAACAAACUGAACUGGUUUUUGGUCCUCUUGACUUAUGAACCGAUGUUUUUUAAUAUGUUGCUUUUGUUUCUCCUUCGGCUUCUUUUUUAAGGUACUUUUGUUUGGUCUCGAUGUUAACUGACCAUCCACGGUACUUGUGUAUAAUGAUGUACAUUUGACAUAUUUAUAAUGCAGUAUGUAAAUAUAUUUUUUUUGGUUCUGUUUUUGUUUUUUUUGUUUGUUUUUUUUUGUUCCAAGUUCAUUUUUCCUAUUGUAAUUCCUUUUACGCUGAGGACGUGAAACAAAGCAAAAAGCUAAAGAGUAAUUUGUUGUAUGCUUGGAUGCUUGGCUGACUGUUGACCUAUUAAUAAACACUCAACAAUGUAGCCUUCCCUGGAUUUAGGGGAAUCAACGCA